AUGGCUUCUUCCACUAACUACGAUGGGAUCCUUCUCGGAAUGGGUAACCCACUCCUCGACAUCUCUGCCGUCGUCGACGAGGAUUUUCUCACCAAAUACGACAUCAAGUUGAACAAUGCGAUCCUCGCGGAGGAAAAACAUUUGCCCAUGUAUGAUGAGAUGAGUAGCAAGUUCAAUGUUGAAUACAUUGCCGGAGGUGCUACUCAGAACUCCAUCAAAGUGGCUCAGUGGAUGCUUCAAAUUCCUGGAGCAACCAGUUACAUGGGAUCCAUUGGAAAGGACAAGUACGGAGAGGCAAUGAAGAAGGAUGCUACUGCAGCUGGUGUCAAUGUCCACUAUUAUGAAGAUGAGUCAGCACCUACAGGAACUUGUGGUGUCUGUGUUGUUGGUGGAGAAAGGUCGCUUAUUGCCAAUCUUUCAGCUGCAAACUGCUACAAGGUUGAUCACCUUAAGAAGCCUGAAAACUGGGCAUUGGUUGAGAAGGCCAAGUUCUACUACAUUGCUGGAUUCUUCCUCACGGUAUCCCCCGAAUCCAUCCAGUUGGUAUCUGAGCACGCUGCUGCCAACAACAAGGUGUUCACAAUGAACCUCUCUGCUCCAUUCAUCUGUGAGUUCUUCAAAGAUGCGCAGGAGAAGUUCUUGCCAUACAUGGACUUUGUUUUUGGCAAUGAGACAGAGGCAAGAACCUUCUCCAGGGUUCAUGGCUGGGAGACCGAUGAUGUGGAACAAAUAGCCAUCAAGAUUUCACAGCUUCCCAAGGCGACAGGAACAUACAAGAGGACCACAGUGAUCACACAGGGCGCAGACCCAGUGGUUGUUGCUGAAGAUGGAAAGGUGAAGAAAUAUCCAGUCAUCCCUCUCCCUAAGGAGAAGCUCGUUGACACCAACGGUGCAGGUGAUGCAUUUGUUGGAGGUUUCAUGUCACAGCUUGUGCAAGGGAAAUCGAUCGAGGAGUGCGUCAAGGCUGGAUGCUACGCUUCGAACGUGGUGAUCCAAAGAUCUGGCUGCACUUACCCUGAGAAGCCCGCCUUCAACUAA